AUGGCCGGGCCGGGCCCCCCCGGGCCCCGCCGCGGCUCGGCCACGGGCUGGGGGCUGCGCCUCGCCCUCCUGGGGGUCCUGCUGGGGCUCCCCCCGCGGGGCCGGGCGGGGCCGGCAGGGCCAGUGUCCCACGGAGAGCGGGUCACCCCCCACUGGCUGCUGGGGGGCCGUGCCCGCAGAGCCGUCAGCCUGCAGGAGCAGGUGGUGGCACCUGCCCGGGCAGAGGUGGCUGUGACAGCUGAGGGCAAAGAGCUCGUGCUGGUGCUGGAGAGGAACCAGCUGCUGGCUCCGGGCUACACGGAGACGCACUACAGCGAGCAGGGCCAGCCCGUGACUGUGACCCCCAACCACACGGAGCAUUGCCACUACCACGGGCACGUCCGCGGCCACCGUGGAUCCUGGGUCGUGCUCAGCACCUGCUCGGGAAUACGGGGCCUCAUAGUGCUGAGCAGCAACACCAGCUACUACCUGAGCCCCCUGGGGCCCCCCGAGCCCGGCCUCCACCUCCUGCAGCGAGCAGAGCACCUGCCCGUGCCAGGGGGCACCUGCGGGCACGGCCAGCACCUGGGCAGCACCGCGGCUGGCAUGGCCCGGCUCUUCCAGCCACGGCACCCACGGGCCAGGAGGGAUGCCUGGAGGACCAUGAAGUACAUGGAGCUCUUCAUCGUUGCUGAUCACACCCUGUACAGGAACCAGAACCGCAACCUGGGCCACACCAAGCAGCGCAUCGUGGAGAUCGCAAACUACGUGGACAAGUUUUACAGGCUGCUGAACAUCAAGGUGGCCCUGAUCGGGCUGGAGGUGUGGACGGAGCGGGACCAGUGCGCGGUGAGCAGCGACGCCAACGCCACGCUCUGGGCCUUCCUGCAGUGGAAGAAAUCCCUGAGGGCGCGCAGGAGGCACGACAACGCCCAGCUGCUGACAGGGAAGACCUUCGGGGGCACCACCAUCGGGAUGGCCCCGCUGGAGGGCAUGUGCAGCGCCGACAACUCCGGAGGGGUCAGCGUGGACCAUGCAGAGCAGCCCAUCGGCGCCGCCGCCACCAUGGCCCACGAGAUCGGCCACAACUUCGGCCUGGUGCACGACACUCAGGGCUGCUGCACCGAGGCCACCCCCGAGCAGGGCGGCUGCGUCAUGGCCGCGGCCACCGGGCACCCCUUCCCCCGGGUGUUCAGCUCCUGCAGCAGGAGGCAGCUGGAGAGCUACUUCCAGAAGGGAGGGGGAAUGUGCCUCUUCAACCUGCCCGACACCAAGGACCUGGUGGUGGCACGGAAAUGUGGCAAUGGCUUCCGCGAGGAGGGGGAGGACUGUGACUGCGGGGAGGUGGAGGAAUGCACCAACCCCUGCUGCAACGCUCACAACUGCACGCUCAAGGAGGGGGCCCAGUGUGCCCACGGCGACUGCUGCCACAGCUGCAAGCUGAAGGUGGCUGGCACGCCAUGCCGGGAGGCCGCUGGCUCCUGUGACCUGCCCGAGUUCUGCACGGGAGUGUCCCCGUACUGCCCUCCCAACGUGUACCUGCUGGACGGCUCCUCGUGUGCCCAGGGCCAGGCCUACUGCAGCAACGGCAUGUGCAUGACCCACCAGCAGCAGUGUGUGCAGCUCUGGGGGCCAGGAGCGUGGCCAGCCCCUGAUGCCUGCUUCCAGGACGUGAACAUGGCAGGGAACACCUACGGCAACUGCGGCAAGGACAGCCAGGGCCGCUACGUCAAGUGUGACAAGAGGGAUGCCAUGUGUGGGAAGAUCCAGUGCCAGAGCUCUGCCAAGAAGCCGCAGGGCACCAACACGGUGUCCAUCGACACCACCAUCCGCCUCAAGGGCCGCGAGGUCAAGUGCAGGGGCACCUUCGUCUACAGCGCCAAGGACGACCAGGAGGACCUGUCCGACCCAGGGCUGGUCCUGACGGGCACCAAGUGCGGGGAUGGCAUGGUGUGCAAGGACCGGCGGUGCCAGAACGCGUCCCUGUUCGAGCUGGAGAAGUGUGUGUCCCGCUGCCACGGCCACGGGGUGUGCAACAGCAACAAGAACUGUCACUGUGAGCCCGGCUGGGCCCCCCCGUUCUGCGAGAAGCCGGGGCUGGGGGGCAGCGUGGACAGCGGCCCCGUGCAGAGCCACGCCCACGAGUCCAUCCUGAUCGCCCUGGUGGUCAUCUCGCUGUUCCUGCUGCCCGCCCUGACGCUCAGCAUCUGCUACUGGUACCGCCAGGAGAACUCCCUGCUGGCCAGGUGGAUCCAGGAGAGCAGGCUCAGGGCCCACGGCACCUGCAGGAACAAGUCUGUGGGUCGGAAGUCGAGCAGUGCCCAUGCCAAAGCUGCUUUCACCCUGAGGAACAUUUCAGCCUCCAGCCACCCCUCUAAGGGCCCUCGGAGCGCGUUCCUGCCCCGGCCCGGCGCGGCCCAGCCCGGCUCCCAGCCCAUCAACGUGGUGCACCCCCUGCGCCCGGCCCCCCUGAGCAUCCCCCCCCGGCCCAGGGACCCCAGGCCCGCCCGGCCCCCGCCCCCGGCCUCCAAAUCCCCCCCGGGCCCCGCCAAGGCCGGCGCCCCCCAGGCCAAGCUCCCGCCGCCCAGGAAACCCCUGCCCUGCAGCCCCGUCAGGAGCCCACAGGUGGUCCCCAAGCACGGAGCCCCGCGCCGGCCGCUGCCAGGCAGCCCCGUCCUGGCCAAGGAGCUGCCCCCUGGCCCUGGACAGACCCUGCUGGUCAUGGUCCCCCCCACCAGCCCCAGGCCGCCGGGCACCAGCGCCUCCAGCCCCGCCACGAGGCCGCCAAAACCGAUGCCACCUCAAAGGCCAGUCCCAGCCAUCAAAGUCCAAUCCACCUCCUUCUCCUCAAAGAAGUGACAGUCCCAGGACAUCUGGGACACCUGGGACAAUCCCUGACCCCCCUUCCUGAGCUGGCUCUCCUGAUUUGCACUGCUGUGGCCACAGGGCUCUCCCGUUCCUCUUGUUUUAGUCACCCUUUUGAUACCAGAGGACUAUUUUUGUAAGACAGAAUUUGUAUUCAGCAUACAAACUGUAGUGGUGGG